CAAUUCCAGCAGCCCUGCUACCCCCAGAAGAGAAUCCCCAAUAACCCAGCCUCCUUUCUUCCCUUCCAUUGGGCUUUCUCUUUCUUUUCUUUUCCCUUUUCCCCCCCUUCCCUGACCCUCCACCCCAUUGAAAAAAACCCAGACACUCGUCCUCUUUUUAGCCCUGGGUCCCCCCUCCCCCCCUUGGCUUCCCUCUCUUAUGUGAAGAGCCCCCAUCCAUUGUUGCCACAUAGAAGGAGAGAGAGAUGUACAUUUUUAUGACCACGACUCCUUCUCUCCCCCUCGGCUGGUAAUUUUUUUUCUCCUCCUCCCCUGCCUGUCCUCAGCACCGUGACAGGGACGCGGAGAGGAAGAUGCCUCUGGAUGGGGACCAGGGAGAAGCCAGCUUUGCAAAGCCACAGAUUCCCAGAGAUGCCAGCCCAGGAGGCCCCGGGGUCCCGUUCGACCUGGAGCGGUUUCAGCCCUUCUGAUGUGUGCAGCUGACCGAGCGGCCCCCCUCCCUCCUCCGUCGCUCUCCCCCGUUCUUCUAGCUGGUUCUCUGCCGUGUUUAUUUAUUUCUCCCUUCUCCUUCCCUCGACCUGAGUCGUCUCCCCCUCCCCAGCACCCUGCUCCCCCCGAUCGAUGGUUUCCCACCCCUUAAGAUGCUAAGGCAGGGGCCGCUCAUCUUCCUGGCUGCGUCUAUGUCGUAUUUCAACCCGGACAAAGCCCUUGCAGCGCCGGUGGACCAGGGUCUCUCUCAGGGCCGGGUCCCUCUGGCUCCUCCCUAUGCCGUGGUCCUGAUCUCCUGUUCGGGUCUCCUGGCCUUCAUCUUCCUUCUCCUCACCUGCUUGUGUUGCAAACGGGGAGAUGUCGGGUUCAAGGAGUUCGAGAACCCAGAUGGGGAGGAGUAUUCGGGGGAGUACACGCCACCCGCUGAGGAGACCUCGUCCUCUCAGUCCCUCCCAGACGUCUACAUCCUGCCCCUCUCGGAGGUCACACUCCCACCUCCCAACCAGCAGAUACUUAAGACAGAUCUGGUAAAGAAUUUGGGUUUGAGCCGUCAACACCUCAGCUACCUGCAGGAGAUUGGCAAUGGCUGGUUUGGGAAGGUAAUCCUUGGAGAAAUCUUCUCGGACUUCACCCCAGCCCAAGUGGUGGUGAAGGAGCUGCGGGUCAGUACGGGGCCGCUGGAGCAGAGGAAGUUCCUGGCUGAAGCCCAACCUUAUCGAAGCCUCCAGCAUCCGAACAUCCUGCAGUGUUUGGGGCUGUGUACGGAGACCAUCCCCUUCCUGCUCAUCAUGGAGUUCUGCCAGCUGGGUGAUCUGAAGCGGUACCUGCGGGCACAGCGGAAGGGGGAUGGGCUGACCCCUGACCUGCUGACCCGUGACCUGGGCACAUUGCAGCGCAUGGCCUAUGAGAUCACCCUGGGGCUCAUGCAUCUGCACAAGAACAACUACAUCCACAGUGACCUGGCGCUCCGGAACUGCCUGCUAACCUCUGACCUCACUGUGCGUGUGGGGGACUAUGGCCUCUCACACAACAACUACCGGGAGGAUUAUUACAUCACCCCCGACCGGCUGUGGAUCCCCUUGCGCUGGGUGGCCCCUGAGCUCCUGGACGAGACUCAUGGGACCCUCAUGGUGGUGGAUCAGAGCAAGGAGAGUAACGUCUGGUCCCUGGGGGUGACGAUCUGGGAGCUGUUUGAGUUCGGCAGCCAACCCUACCGGCACCUCUCUGACGAGGAGGUUCUGACCUUUGUCAUCAAGGAGCAGCAAAUGAAACUGGCCAAGCCCCGCCUCAAGCUGCCCUACUCUGACUACUGGUAUGAGGUGAUGCAGUCCUGCUGGCUCCCAGCCCUGCAGCGGCCCACAUUGGAGGAGCUGCACUUGCAGCUGACGUAUCUGCUGACAGAGCGUUCCAAUGAGCAGGCGGAGGAGAGCUUCGAGUGGCGGUGGAACGCCUUGAAGCCCAAGCGCUCGCCUGUGGCCUCUCCCCCAGCAGGGGUUCCUCACCGUCAGCGUUCAGAGGAGAUCUCAGCCUACCCACUGUUGGAUGGAUUUCAGGGGGCUGACAUGGAUGAUAUCCUGACCGUCACUGAGAGCAGCCAGGGCCUCAACUUCGAGUACAUGUGGGAGAAGGCCCGGCUGGGGCGGUGGAAGGGCGCCCCUGCCUCUGGCCCCUCCUCAACCCCUGCUGCUCCACCCCACAGCCUGGAGUACCCACCCAGCAAUGGGGCGCUGGCUGUGCCGGGCACCAACCCCUUCUAUGAAGCUCCAGCACGGCAGACCCUUGAGACGCCCAGUGUGGUGCCUGUCAUCAGCGCCCGGAGCCCCUCAGUUAGCAGCGAGUACUACAUCCGGCUGGAAGAGCAUGGGACCAGUGAUGGGCCAGAGCGCUCGGUCUGCACCCCCAGCCCUGUCUAUGAGCGCCAGUAUGGGGUGCCUGGCUCCCCACUGGAGCCCCUGUUCCCUUCAGACUGGGACCCCAUCGAGGCUGGGCAGGGCACCCCACCGCUGUCCCGACACCCUCCCCGGCACCACCACCACCAUCACCACCACCACCACGCCCCACUUCUCCUGCAGGAGGGGCCGGAGACCUGGACUCCUGGCAGCACCAACCCUUUCCUAUCUGUAUCGCAGGAGCUGGGCUGCUGCGGGAACAACCCCUUCCGGGCCGAGGCGGGUGAGAUCCAGGAGACGUCCCUGACAGAGCCGCCCCCUGGGCCGGGGGGUGGCGGGGGGGAUGUCUUUCUGGGAGACUCCCUGCUCCAUGUCUACAGGGAGCUAGAGGACCAGCAGCGGAGCUGGGACUCAGACACGCUGGAGGAGAGGGGUGCUGGGGAGACGCUAGCAGGGGACCCAGCCGAGUACCGUUCCUCACCGCCCUGGGACCGGGAGCCCUCGUUGAUGGAAGACCAGAGCUCAGGUGGCAGCACGGAUGGGGAGGACAGGAGCAGUGGUGGGGGCGGGCGCCGCAGCCUCCUGCCUUGUCCUCUCUGCAGCCGGGGUGCCCAGUCACAUUGCACUUGUGCCGUAGCCCGGGCGGAGGUGGUGAGUGGCUGGAGCAACCACCCUGGCAUCCACCGGCCUCACCGCGACAGCUAUGGCACGGAGGACGACUCCUCACUCAAGGUGGAGCGGGGGUCGCUCUCCGACUGCCCCAUUCUACCCUCCAAGGACUUCCAGGGUGGGGAGGGUUUUCCCAGCAUGGGCGGGGCUGGCGAGGGUUUCCCCGGUGUGGGCGGGGCCACUCUACUGGUCCCGCCCCCUCCCGCCAAGGCUCUGCCCCCUUCCUUGGAGUUCUACGACCCACUGAUGGGGACGGCGGUGAAAAGCUACGACCUCCAGGACUACCCCAAGCGGGGCAAGGGGCCAGCGCCCCAGGAGACGGGGAGGCUGCCAGGGUCCCCUUUCCCCGGCAUGGCCGUCGGAUGCUGCAGCGUCAUUGUCCCAGUGGAGAUCCCACCGCUGUCCACACUGGCGGAGAGCGCCGAAGAGGAAACCAUCGCCAUCCUGCCCGAGGCCGCGGAAGGCUUUGCACCCGGCCCAGACGUGCUGGGCCUCAGUCAGGCCCCACCGGGGCGGCAGAGGGGCACACUGGACUCAGUGGACUCCCUGGACAUCCCCUCCAACACCAGCUCAUCAGAUGUUUGCAGCCCGGCCUCCCAUUACUCCUCACCGGGUCAGAAGUUCGGCGACAGCGGCUACGAGACAGAGAGCACCUUCUCCCCCGAGUUCAUCUUCAAGGAGGCCGAGGAGCAGCACGGGGACGAGGACGAGGAGGACGAAGAAGGCGAAGCAGGCGGCAAAGAUGGCACGACCCACCUGCCGCCCACGCCCAUCUCGGAAUCCACCAGCGACCUGACGCUGUCGGAGGAGGCACCGAGCACCGAGGAGGAGGCAGCAGGGAGGGAGCUGGGCCUGACCACUCCCCAUCGGGACUCAGCCUAUUUCUCAGACGGCGAGAUGGAGUGGGGGGCCCCAGUGGGGAAGCAGGAGGCCGAGGCCAGGGUGGGAGGGCAGGAGCUCGGCGUAGAAGAGCCUCCAGAAAGCGAUGGCGCCAUGCCACUGGCCCCAGUCCAACCACCAGCCAAGAUGGAGAACGGCUUUGUGGUACAAAUCUGCAAGGAACAGCUGCUGGUCUCACUGAGGGAGAAUGUCACCCGGAACUUGCUGAGUGGCCGCGAGGCCCCGGGGACCCCAGCAUCUGGGACCCCUGUCCUGAAGGACCAAGCUGUGAUCCAGCUCUGGGUGCUGGAGCCAGAGGUGGAGCCGAAGAUGCCAGAGGUGGAGUUGAAGGUGCCAGAGCAAGGGCCAAAGACGCCAGAGCAGGGGUUGAAGGAGGCCAAGGAGAAAGAGGAGGAGGUGGUGGCUGGAAACGAUGGAGAGGCCCCAGGCAGCCACCUGCCACUGGGCAAGGAGGAAGAGGAGGUGGAGGAGGAAAAGCAGGAGGGGGAGGGUGGCAUAGAGGAGGUCGACGGGCAGCCUGCAGAGCAGGAGGGACCGGAGAGCAAGGAGAUGCGCCCGGACAGCCAGGCAUCGCUGGAGCAGAAGAAGGAGGCCCCAGCACCAGUCCCCGAGGAGGGCAGCAAGGUGUCUCAGCAGCCCCGGCUGCACCUGGACUUCAGCCCAACCGUGAAUCAAGGCAGCUUGGACAUCAAGGCCAAGGUGUCCCGCCUGUCCCUCUCGCUGCCCCCUCUGACCCUGCAGCCCUUCCCCAGCCCGGGGGGGCGGAAGCCCUUCUGGGAGGGGGCCAAGGAGGGCUGCGGGGGGCUCCCGGUGGAGGAGGAGCAGGAGGGGGGCCCGCGGGAGGCCCUGGGGCUGGGCGAGGAGGAGGAGGAGGUGGACGAGGAGGUUCUGGGGGGCGUGGGCGUCCCCAUCGUGGUCAGCGAAUUGGACGACGGGCGCAACUUGCGCGGCCUCCUCAAGUCACCGCGCUCGGCCGAGGAGGCCGCGGAGCUGGACCGUAAGCGCAAGAUGGUGUCCUUCUUUGAUGACGUCACUGUCUAUCUGUUUGAUCAGGAGACGCCAACCAACGAACUGAGCUCCCAGAGUGCCCCAGAGAGUGAUGGCGCCAACAGCAUUACGCCAGGCACCGCCGGGGAGCCGGGUCUCGAUGCCUUCUCACCUGCUGAUGGCUUCAGUGGCAGCUUUGAGUGGGAUGAUGACUUCCCGUUGAUGGCCCAGAACCCAUCCUUUGUCUCCAUGGUGACGGACCCAGGCACGCUGCCCUCACCCAUGCCACCCCCCUCAUUGCUCCCAGCCAAGGGGGCCGAGCCCAGCAUCAUGGAUGCCCUGCGCUUCUCCCGCUUCACUGUCUCCCCAGCCCUUGAGCCCCACCUACCCCCCCGUGAGGCUGAGUUGGCGGCCACGGCCAACCCAAUUGAAAACUGAGAUGGGGUCCCCCCAUUGCACCACAGGGCUCCCCUCAGCCCAGCCAUGACCGUCUGUAGCAGGGAGCGGCAACACGCAUGUGCCAGGCAUGUUAUGUGGGGGUACAUGUCCCAUCCAGGGGCUGGACUCACCCCCAAAGGACACAUCACCGCUGAGCCACAGGGGGCUGGCUCUGAAACAGAGACUGAAAAGGCUGGGACAUGUCCCAGAGGACCGGGGCAUCCAACUGUCCCUGGCGCAGAUCUUUCAGUACCCAUGGGACUGGCUGCUCUGGACAAUUAUGUUUUUUUACUGUGACUCAGAUGUGGGAGGGGGCAAAACCAGCUUGCAGGGGGGUGGGGAGGGCUCAUGCUGCUGAAUGUAUCCCUGGGGGCCCUGCUCCCACAGUUCACACCUCCACCCCCACCUGCCACCUCCCCUGACAUUGAUAGUCUGUCUUGUGCCAAACCUAAUCUCGGGGUAGCU